CUCGAAUCGCACAGCCCUGGGUACAGAAUACCUCCUCAACACAGCCGAUAACUACAGGCGAUUAGUUGCAUUGUCAUCUUAAACUUUGCGCACAACCCGAGUCGUUUUCAUGAGAUCUGAACUUUCUAUAAACUUCAAGCGACACUUCAAAUACUUCUGCAUUGAUUUGCAAAACAUCUUACGAACUCCUGUGAGAGAACUUCCAGCCUGACCCUGUUGGACUGAUCGCCACGGACUCGGGACAUCCGCUCUUUGCUGAUCCUGUUUGACGAUCCCUGGCGGUCCAAAAAUGGGAAGCAAGACUCUGGCUGCGCCGGUCCCCUUGCACCCCUCCUUACAGCUGGCCAACUACUCCCUGCUCCAGGCCUCCAAUGGCCUCCAGCUGCCCUCCGACCACGUGCCCAACAUCUACAGCUUCAGCGCGCUGCACGCGGUCCACCUGCACCAGUGGACCCUGGGAUACCCUCCCCUGGCGCUGCCGCGCUGCACCUUCUCCAAGCUCCCGGCGCUGAUGGACGGCCGCUUCCCGCUGCCGGCGCUCCUGCCCCCCUUCUUCCCCCACCUCGUCCAGCCCAAGCAGGAGUGCUCGUCCCCGGGCCAGGGCAAGAGCAAGCCCCGCUUCGACUUCGCCAACCUGGCCGUGGCGGCCACCCAGGAGGAGCCCGUGAAGCCGGAGGACCUGAGCUCCGCGCCCGCCCUGGGGUCCCUCCUGGACGUCGCCAAGCUGUCCUCGGAGAGGAAGCCCAGCCGCGGCCGGCUGCCCUCCAAGACCAAGAAGGAGUUUGUGUGCAAGUUCUGCGGCAGGCACUUCACCAAGUCCUACAACCUGCUGAUCCACGAGCGCACGCACACGGACGAGCGGCCCUACACCUGCGACAUCUGCCACAAGGCCUUCCGGAGGCAGGACCACCUGAGGGACCACAGGUACAUCCACUCCAAAGAGAAGCCUUUCAAAUGUCAGGAGUGCGGGAAGGGCUUUUGCCAGUCGAGGACCCUGGCGGUCCACAAAACCCUGCACAUGCAGGUCAAGGAACUAAAACCCUCAAAGAUAAAGUGACAUCCAAGAUGCGCAAGGCGAGAGGAGUGACAUGGGGACACUGGAACAAAGCCAAGCCGAAUUUUUUUCAAAAAUGAAAGAAAAACUAAAAGUGACACGGGAUGGGAGCGCUGUUGCUCGUGAGCGCCUCAACAGCAGUUCAGGGGGAACUGCGUGUGUGUGUCCCAGGGGGGGAACGCCACGCCACUAACUGCUGGAAUGUGGGCGAGAUGCGAGUUCAGGAAAUCUAUACCACUCUGCCAGCAGCGCUUUCCUCCAGAGACUGAUAACUCACAUUGAAUGGAGAUUCCAUUCAAAAGAUUGGACCAAAAAAACUGAUUUUGACACUCCAUGAAAGGAGGGUCUUGGACUGAAUAAAGCUGAUUUGAUUUUUUUUUUUUUAAAGCAAUAUCGUAUUGUUGAAGCACACCGGGACUUCAGAAAAGCAUAUCAGGUCUGUGUGGAGGUGUGCGUGUGUGUGCGUGUGUGUGUGUGUGUGUGAGAGAGAGAGAGAGAGAGAGAGAGAGAGACAGAGAGAUGGCUUACUCCAGAUUUUAAUGCAGAGAGAGGAUCUAUGGAAUGCGAUCCCCAUUUUUUGGGAUGUGUCACGGAUAGGACAUUCUCCCCUUUCAUCUGAACAUCUUGAAGUUGAAGUUCGAGUCUUGUGCCGUCUUUGUAAUAUAAAAUGACAUCCAUGGCAGCAUAACUGUCUUACUCACAUUCCAAUUCUUUUUUUUUUUUAAUUGUGUAUUUUUGUACAGAUUUCUUUUAUGAAAAUGUUAUUUGGCACUUUACUCUGAUUAUUGAAUAUUUACAUAUAUCACUGGAUUCCUUAAACUUAUUUUUAAAAUAAAUAGUCAUUUUCUAAACAA